GCUUACGCUAUUUGAUAUGCAAAAUUUCAUAAGUUACAUUCAUCUUGCGUGAAAAUAAAUACACCAACUAUGAACGUUUGUCUCAGGGUUUUGACUUCGAAGACAAAAGAAACUCACGCUUUUUUCAAAUGAAAGAAGUUCCUCGUUUCCUCGUAUGAACGGCCUAUUGUCUCCGACUUUACAUCGCCAGUCACGAGAAAUUUAGAAAUAUAGUGCUCAACUGUUCUUUCAGAAACGCCCAAGAAAAAUGAAGCCUCUGCAACUGAAUGCUGAAGAACAUGGACAAGCAAUAUAACACAUCGAAGGUCUUCACUAAACGGAGUGGGCAUCAUUGGCUAGCUUAGAUGGGUGAUUAUUUACCAUCAAUAUUCAAAACCCACGCUUCCUUUCGGUCGUACAAUCUCCAUUCGACAAUUGCCAUUCGCCGUCCUCUCCGACAACCUUUUUUGAAAUAGGUUUAUAUUAGCAAAGCAACCAGUUUGCAGGUGCAUCAUUCUUUUUUCGACAUUUUCUUUGCCGUCGCUGCGCGACUGUGACAUGAAAAUUGCUAAUAUUUUCGCGCUCGCUUUAUGGAGUAGGUGAACACAACACAAAAAUUUUCUUUUUCUUUUUCUAAACUUAGAUACGGUCCUUUCAGAUUCAACCCCCACCCCUCCCCCAAAUUUCGCCAACAUUAUUUGACUAAUAAAAAUGAAAUUGAAUAAGAUCGAUGAAGUUUGAAACCGUGCGAAUUCACUUUUUAAGUGACGCUUUCGGUUUGUUGUCAUCCGAAAAGUUUGCUACGAUGGCAACGUGAUGUAACGACUUCACCUCUCUAUUAAAGUAGUUUGUUGGGUAGCAUUUGAUAAAAAGGUGUUUUUUGUUCGAGUGUCACAACCUUACGAAACCAGAGUAGUCACGCUGUCCAAUCAGAAUGGGUCUAGCCAAUCCAAUUAGCCAAUUGUGUAGCGGCCAAAGAAGGCGUGAAAAGUCAUGUUUCCAAAAUCACACUUUGGUUCUACUUCUAAUUGGUCAAAAAAAAUAUAGCGCGGUAUUUAUUAGCCAAUCACAACGCUGUCCUUUCUUUUCUUUUCUCUUUGCUCUUUUGCUAUAGUCUGUUUUCGUCCUUGACACGGAUGUUUAUCAGCCGCACUUUCUAUGAAGUUUGGAGAAAGUAA